GCUUGCGUAAGUAAGCUCUCCAAACAGCCGUCUUUAAAAAGUUCUAGCCCUUAGAUUUGCUAAUCGUGGAUACCCCUCAGCGGGUGCCGGAAAAUCUGUCCUCUGGUAAGCCUGCGUCGCAACCAAUACCUUAACGUCAACACAACACUUUCUGGAUCUGACAAGAACCAAUCAGCUCGAUGGUCAUUAAAUAUCUGCGCGAUAAAUAUCCUUCGGCAAAAGUUCCAGUCUUACUCGCCUUUUUCAACUUCUGCGAAGGAUCAACGCAGACACCAGCGAAUGUUGUCAGGUCCUUACUUGCGCAACUCCUACGACAAUCGGGCCGCGUGUCAGAUAUGCUCAUGGCUUUAUACGAGAGAUACGCCCACUCACCCCAUCUACCCUUGGAAGAUCUGUGGUCGACUUUACACUCGGAUAUUGCUAGCUUCGAUCGAGUCUUCAUCAUUUUCGAUGCGCUGGAUGAGUACGUUUAUGGCUCAGAAGGCUUCGUCAAUGAUUUCCAAAACCUGUUCAAAUUGCCCAUGACGAGUCUCUUUGUCACCUCCAGGCCAACGUCUUUGAAUAAGGCAAUAUUAGGAAAUUUUGCACAGCUGGAAAUACUCGCGCGUGAUUCGGAAUUACGCGAAUAUAUCCAGACCAGGCUAUCCGAAUCACGGUUCAACAACCGGCCGGAGCUUUGUAAUGAAGUUGUGCAAACAAUAUUGCAUCAGUCCAACGGCGUGUGAGUUACGUGAACGGAUUAUAGUGACCACCAAGGCUAACUCUCUGUCAGGUUCCUCAAUGCACGGCUGCUUUUAGAAUCCGUGCUGUCCCAGCGCACUAUCCAG